GUAAACAAACCGCUCCCAUUUCUUAUAGAAAACACUUUUCUUUCAAUUCAUUUGAUUUUAGUGAGGUUCACCGAAAGUCAUCAUACCUAACAUACCACACCCUCAUAUAGCCAAUUCUUCUAAGCAAGAAACUAAAAAGAAAGUUUCCACUAUCAUCAAGAACUCAAAAACUUCAUGGGAAUUAUGUCAAGACUCCCAAUUCUUUUUCUUAUUCUUGUGGUUCAUUCUACACAAAUGACCAAUGCAUUGAAUAAUCCAAGAAAACUUGAUGAGGGUAAUAUUGAGAACAAGUGUGGUGGUUGUCCUUGUAACAAUCCAUGUAUUCCACCAUCAUCUCCACCACCUCCACCACCAGUUUUGCCACCUCCACCACCAGUUUUGCCACCUCCGUCACCGCCACCGCCAAAGAAGCCACCAAGCGGAUACUGUCCUCCUCCUCCUUCCGAGGGCGGCGACGGUGGUGGUGGUUAUAGUCCAAAUCAGCCAAAUUCACAAUACAUAUAUAUGAAUGGUCCACCAGGGGAUUUGUACCCCGUUGAUCAAUAUUUUAAUGGUGCCAAAAGGAGUUUCACUAGUGGAUUUUCACUUUUGAUCGGUGGAUUUUUCUUGGGAUUGCUUGCUUUGAGGUGAAGUUGAAGAGUAUUGAUCAACAGAAUGGUGUUGUAUUGUAUUGUACGGUAUAAACGAACAUAAUGUUUGAAUACACUGUAAAAUUUGUUGUCGUAUGUUUUUUCCCUUGAUUAUUAUUGUACUCCCUCCAUCCAAUUUUAUUUGUUCAGUAUUGACUUGGCGCACUCCUUAAGAAUCAAUAAAUAAAAUGAUAAUUUUACUA